AGUCCCUGCUGCGGGAGUGAAAUUAGUUGUUGUCGUUUCCCUUUAAACAUUUUUCAACAAUAUAAAAUUACCACUAAUCCCUGCCGCUGUUGCUUCACAUGGCUGAACCCCCCGAGGCCCACGGUGCCGUUCCUUGUCCCGAGAGACUAAAAAGACAACCGAGCUCCAGGAAGUUGAAGAGGACGUUUUCCGAUGAUGAGGACUCUCCCCCGGGUAUUAGGAGCAGUGCUUUGCGGCGGUCACUGCGAAGAGGAAGCUCCUUCACCUUCCUCACCCCAGGACCACAAUGGGACUUUAGUCUGAAGCGGAAGCGCAGGGACAAGGAUGACACAGACGCAGUCAGCCUCUGCGGCUUGGAUUUUAAGGAACCCAGCAACAAGCGUGUCCGUCCUCUCGGCAGGGUGACGUCGCUAGCAAACCUCAUCUCUCCGGUGAAGAAUGGGGCCGUCCGGCGCUUCGGCCAAACCAUCCAGGCCUCAUUCCGGGGCGAUGGCAAGUCGCCGGGCGUGCCCCAGAAGCCUUGCAGCAAGGCGGCGGCCCCCACACCGCCUAAAAGGAGGAACAGCAUGUUGUGGUCAGAGAAGGUGGACAUCCACCAGAAGGGGACGUUGUCUACUAAAGAGAUCAAACGGCAGGAGGCCAUAUUUGAGUUGUCUCGUGGAGAACAAGACCUGAUCGAGGACCUCCAGCUUGCACGCAAGGCGUACCAUGACCCAAUGCUGAAGCUCUCCAUUAUGUCCGAAGAGGAGCUCACUCAUAUCUUUGGUAACCUGGAUACCUACAUCCCGCUGCAUGAGGACCUGUUGGCUCAGCUCUCCAAAGCAACAGGGUCAGAUGGAACUGUGGGUCAGAUUGGGCAGAUUGUUGUCAGCUGGCUGCCCAGGUUAAACGCCUACAAGGACUACUGCAGUAACCAGCUGGCAGCUAAAGCACUGCUAGACCAGAAGAAGCAGGACAGACGGGUGCAGGACUUCCUGCAGCGCUGCCUCGAAUCCCCCUUCAGCAGGAAGCUGGACCUGUGGAGCUUCCUGGACAUUCCACGCUCCCGCCUGGUCAAGUACCCACUCCUGCUCAAAGAGAUACUGAAGCACACUCCACCAGAGCACCCUGAUGUCGGCAGCCUGGAGGAAGCGAUCACCAUCAUGCAGGGAGUUCUGUCCGACGUCAACAUGAAGAAGGGAGAGUCUGAGUGCCAGUACUACAUCGACAAGCUGGAGUAUCUUGACGACCGGCAGAAGGACCCUCGCAUCGAACAGUGCAAGAGCCUGCAGUGUCACGGCGAGCUGCGAAACAAGAGCGGCACGAAGCUGCAUGUGUUCCUGUUUACUGAGCUGCUGGUUCUCACACGCCCCGUGACCAGGAAUGAGCGCCAGUGUUUCCAGGUUUACCGGCAGCCGAUCCCAGUGCAGCACCUGGUGCUGGAAGACCUGCAGGACGGAGACGUCAGAAUGGGCGGCUCCUUCCGAGGCGCUUUCAGCAACUCAGACAAAGCCAAAAACAUUUUCAAAGUGCGCUCUGAAGACCCGAGCCAGGCGCAGUCCCACACGCUACAAGUCAACGAUGUCUUCCACAAGCAGCAGUGGCUCAACUGCCUCCGGAGCGCCAUUUCCGUCCACCGGCCCCUCAACGAGCCCACUACGCCGAGCCCGCCCACCAGCAGUGCCUCCCGCUUCAAGCGCCGCCCGUCCUCCGUCUCGGCCAUCAUCCACAUGGAGGAAGCGGACGAGAACUCGCCGCAACAGCCGACCUCUCAGUCCGCCCCCAGCUCGCCGUGCGACAGUCCCACCCCCAGCCCCAGCCCCGCCUCCACGUCCCCAUCAUCUUGCUCCUCCGCCUCAUCCACGACGUCCUCGUCCUCGUCGUCCCCGCUGUGCUCGCCGACGACGCACAAAACCAAAAAGGACAAGAAGUCUCUGUGUUCUUUAGGGAAGAGAAAAGAGACUAUGGUGUGAGACGGAGUUUGCAGGAGACGAUGGACUCCAGGGCGGACAUUUUCCUUUUCUGUACACUCGUGUCGAAAACAGCGCGAAGAAGCGCAGGACUUGUAUUUAUGUGUGUCUGCGUGCGUGUGUAUUAUUAAUACAACAGUGUUCUGUGUUACUGUCCUCUUUGGCAGCUAUUUACCUUACCCAUACUUCCAUGUGCAUCCCACAGAGACGCAGUGUUCUGGAGAGACACACACUCCUUUCACCUGCUCUUUAAAGGGAAGCAUAACAAAGACCACACACACAUUUCACACACGCAUCUGUGUGUGUGUGUGUGUGUGUGUGUUGUGAGUGGGAUUCUUGAAGAUAGAGGUGGUGCAUCAAAUCCUGUUUACUAUUAAAUUGAUAUUUAAAUAUUAUUUUAGACCAUCUUUUGGGGGAGUUAAUGAAAGUUUUACAUUUUUAUAUUCUGAAAUUAAUUGUAGUAUUAUUAUUAUUAUUAUUAUUUUUUAGACACGAUAAAGCAGCACUGUUUUAGUAUUUAGGUGAAACGAUUUGAAAUGUUGACAGGAAGAGGAAUCCCCAAAUAGACAAGAUGUACUACAUACACAAAGCUACAACUAAAUAAGAUGAUCUUAUUUUUUUAUACAUUCCUGAAAGAACAGAUGUUUGGACCCAAACACCUUUAUUUUUUUCAUAUACUGUAGUCAGAGGCAUUCGUUUAAACCUUUAACAGAUGGGAUUGAAUUAUUCUCACUGUUAGAAAUUCAGAUCACUAUGAUUGAACACAAUCAUCAGAUGUUGACACCAAAUCUGAGAAGAGAAUAGUUUUGUUGUGACACAAACAAUUUGAACUGAGCCAUGUUGGUUUUUUUUUUUUUUUAAGGUGACUUUUCAGAAUGAUGCUUUUCAGUGUAGCAUCUUGCAUGGAGCUUAAGUUGUGGGCACUGCUCGCACCCGUUGAGGCAGCAAUGAUGGACGAACAGUUAAACGUGUAAAACAGUUGUCGGGGAAACAAUAAGGAUGUUGUGUGAAGGCCGAAGAGAACGAGAAGACGAGAUGGAUGAAGCCAUGUUUUUGGAAGAUAAAAGAUUGUCAGAACAAGAUGUGCAGAUCCAGCAACUUCUUGUAUGAGUUGAUGUGAUUAUGUCUUGAUCUGAAUGAUGGAUUGUAAAAGAAGAGCGGAAAAAGUAUGUAGGGGAAGUUCAACAGAGGAAGAAGGUUUUGUGCAUGUGUGCAUAUAAGACGUUUAUGUCGCUGAGAUGGGACAGAAGUGAAAGGAGGCAACUUGCUUGCCACAAACUGUAUUUAAUAAGAGAACAAUAAAAGUCUGUGUAAGAUUUGCAUCUGAAAAA